AUGAGUCGGAUGGGAGGGACAUACUACUACAGACACCCGACCAGAUCUGACCAGGCCCAGAUCCUCAAUGAGUCGGAUGGGAGGGACAUACUACUACAGACACCCUACCAGAUCCGACCAGGCCCAGAUCCGACCAAGCCCAAAUCCUCAAUGAGUCGGAUGUGUCUGUUAGUGAGUUCAGUAGCCUGUUGGCAUGAUCUGGAUAACAGCGAGUAUGACUGCUGGCCUCUGGAGAAACCUGAUGAACUGAACAUGAUCGACUGUGGAGGGUUAGAGAUGUCCUGGGUGGUACGCCCUCCAGAAGAGGUGUUCAGUGGAGAUGUAUUUAGUGUGACCUACUCUGUUACGGCUCAGGACAGCUUCUACCAGUGGGCUAUGGACCACGACAUCUUCCCACACAGUUCCGUCAGCUCGGCGACAGCAGCCAGGGUGUUCUGUGAGAGCCACGACUGUCCUGCCAACUGGAAGGAUUGUAACGGAGACAACUGCUGUAUACACCAUGCUAAUAUACACUCCUGUCCCCUGGGAUUCAUGACGACAGAAAGGAUCUGUGGACCGUGGAUCCCUGAUGACGGUCGGAUCUUCACACACACUCUAUCUACCGCUGGCAAGAUGACUCAAACCAACUGGACCGCUAAGGUGGUGCUGGUCCAUGCUGGGCUGACCUCUCUCAUAGCUCAUAUCAGAGUGGGACGUAUGCAGGUAGCACUGGAGGCGAAGACCACUGUCCUGCCUGUUAUAGUGUGUGGUGAUGGGGUGUGUGAUGAAGUGGAGGAGGUGUGUUCAACCUGUCCAGCUGACUGUGGGGAGUGUCCCAUGACGGCUGCUAUCAAAGUAGCCAUCGGACUGCCUGUUACCAUAGUGUUCAUUAGCUUCAUCAUUACAGCCACGUGGUUUAAAUACCAGAAACAGAGGAUGCUUUGGGAUGAGAGCUGGAUCAUUGACUUCAGGCAGAUCAAACACGACCAGAUAGCCAGGACUACUAUGGGCAGUAUCCUGUCUGCCCCUAUUGCUAACAGUGAUUCCAACGCCAGCUGUGUCACUGCUCUCAGCUCCUGUACAACCCAGGCUAACUCACGCAAACAACUGUUCACACACACCGGGAUAUAUGAUGGAAGGACGGUGGCCAUCAAGCGGAUUCAGACCAAGACCUUUUCUCUGUCCAAGACCAUCAGACGAGAGGUCAAGCAAGUCAGGGAGCUGGACCACCCUAACCUGUGUAAGUUCUUUGGAGGUUGUGUGGAGAUUCCUAACGUAGCCAUCAUCACAGAGUACUGUCCUAAAGGAAGCCUGAAUGAUGUCCUGAUGAACGAUGAGAUACCUCUCAACUGGGGAUUCAGGUUCUCCUUUGCCACAGAUAUAGCCAGAGGAAUGUCCUACCUCCACCAACACAGGAUCUGUCAUGGCCGCCUCAAAUCACUCAACUGUGUUCUGGAUGACCGCUGGGUCUGCAAGAUCACUGAUUACUGUCUGACCAUCUAUCGAAGGGAGGAUGCAGCGGAACCCCUGUCAUCCUAUCAGAUGAGACUGAGAGAGGUGUACACGCCUCCUGAGUGCCAGACAUCCAACCAGGAACCGACCCUGCCUGGGGAUGUCUUCAGCUACUCUAUAAUUCUGCUGGAGAUAGCCACUCGCAGUGACCCUGUCCCGGUUGAGGACAGUUCUCUCGAGAGUGCUUGGUGCCCCCCACUCCCAGAACUAAUCUCUGGCAAGGCCGACAACACCUGUCCCUGUCCCGCAGAGUACGUCGAGCUCAUCAGAAGGUGCCGGUCUCAUAACCCAGUCCACCGGCCCACCUUCGAGCAGAUCAGGAAGUUCGUCUACCGGAUCAACCCCAAUAAAGUUAGCCCUGUGGACAUGAUGAUGAACCUGAUGGAGAAAUACAGUAAGCACCUGGAGGUCCUGGUAGCAGAGAGGACCCAGGACCUGAUGCAUGAGAAACAGAAGACUGAUCGACUGCUCUACAGUAUGCUCCCGAAGCAGGUAGCUGACGAUCUGAGGCAGGGGAAACCAUUGCAGGCCCAGAGUUAUGUGAGCGCUACUGUCUUCUUCAGUGACAUCGUAGGGUUCACCCACCUCUCCAGCACCAGUACUCCUUACCAAGUGGUCGACUUCCUCAAUAAGCUCUACACGACUUUUGAUGACAUCAUUGACAACUAUGACGUGUACAAGGUGGAGACCAUAGGCGAUGCCUACAUGGUGGUGUCUGGGAUACAGGAGAACGGGAUUCAGCACGCAGCAGAGAUCUCCAGCAUGGCUCUGGACCUAGUCGGAGUGUGUCGGACCUUCAGGAUACCACACAAACCCAACACACAACUACAGAUACGGACUGGGAUACACUCAGGUCCAGUGGUAGCCGGUGUGGUCGGGACCAAGAUGCCUCGCUACUGUCUGUUUGGAGACACGGUCAACACCUCCUCUAGGAUGGAGUCCACCAGCGAGGCCCUCAAGAUUCAGGUCAGCUCCAGUACAUUCUACCUCCUAGAGGAGAUAGGAGGAUACCUGCUGCAAUGUAGAGGGAUGCUGCAAGUCAAGGGUAAAGGGGACAUGGUAACCCAUUGGUUGGAAGGGAAGCUGCCUCUCCAGCCCAGUAAGGACCCUGGUGUGAAGGACCCCAUUAAGGACCCCAGCACUAAGGUGGCCAGCAGGAAGCCUACAUCCAGUAUGUCUGUGCUGGACACGGACAGAGACAGAGAGCUGGAGAGAAGAGAGAGGACGGGAGAGAGAGACAGAGAGAAAGAGAUGUACGCCUCAAUCCCUGGGCUCCUCAACCAUGACCUGUUGCAGGACUCCACCUGACCUCUGACCUCUAACCCUUUCCACUGUUGUGUACUCUUAUAAAUGAAUCCUCUCUAUUGUGUCUGCUAACACUUCCUCUCCACUUUGGUGUAUUUGUAUCUAUUGUGUGUCUGUUUAUUAUGUUUAACUGUCUUUAUCCGUUAAGGCGUUAAACAUCUAGACAGCUGUUUUUCAAAAAGUAUAAUAUUGAGUUCGAUCAAUUAAAUGUGUGUUUAUUUCGUGACAAAGUUUAAACGUUUAAAGUAUUUAAUUUAGUUAUUCGAUGGUAUGAAGACGCUGAAUAAAAAACAUCAUUAUUUCAUUUAGUUAUUCGAUGGCAUGACGACGCUGA